AUGGGGAGAAAUCUUGGAGCGUUUAGACGAGAGUUGGCUAAUCUUGCCGAAGAUCCAGAUAGCAACAAGACUGCAAUGAGCUACCUGAGAUCUAUUGUGAAAGAUUUGGAUGAAAAAGUGAUUCAAGUGUUUGUUCUACAAGUCUCGGAAACCAAAGAGAUUGGUUCUGAGUCAGGUGGCUUCACUGUUUCUCUCUUUGAAGACCUUGCUCGUGCUCAUGGAGUCAAAAUCGCUCCCCAUGUAGAGAUGAUCAUGCCUGUUAUCAUAAGGACAUUGAGCGUUAGUGAAGGUUCCUUGAGUGUUCAACAGGCUUGCUCAAAGGCGGUUGCUGCUAUGGCUAGAUAUGGGAUUGAUCCUGCAACACCGGGAGAUAAGAAGAGGAAUGUGAUCCAUUCUCUUUGUAAGCCACUCUCCGACUCUCUACUGGAUUCACAGCAUCAUCAGCAUCUUGCAUUGGGAUCUGCUCGUUGCUUGAAGUCACUUGUGGACUGCGAUAACUGGCGUUAUGCUGCUGGCGAGAUGGUUAAUAACGUUUGUCAAAGCUUAGCUGUUGCUCUUGAAGCCACUUCAAGUGAAGCCAAGUCUCAUAUGGCACUUGUCAUUGCUCUUGUCAAGCACAAUCCUUUCACCAUUGAGGCGUAUGCAAGGCUGUUUGUGAAGUCAGGUCUGAGGAUUCUUGAUUUGGGUGUUGUUGAGAGAGAUUCUCAGAAACGGCUGUUGGCUAUACAGAUGCUCAACUUUCUGAUGAAGUAUUUGAAUCCCAAGAGUAUCUGCUCUGAGGUGGAGCUUAUAUUACAAGAGAUGGAGAAACACCAGCAAGAUCAAGAGUAUUGUGUCAAAUUUGCAGCUUAUGAAACCAUGAGAACAGCGGAGAGGUUAAUAGGAGAGGAAGAUCCAGUGUUUGAUGCAGAGAGCUGCAAGAGCCGAAUCUCGCUCAGCGGAUCAAUCAAGUCUACACCAACUCCGAGGGGAGAUGACCACUGGAGUGUUGGCAGUAGACAUGAGAGGAGUUAUGUAAAUGAUCAAGAAGAUCAUGAUGAUGUGGUGUUUCCCGGUGCAGCCAGUGGAAGAACUGGUGUCUCAGGCUCUCCUUUGGUGAGGUUGAAUGAAGAAACCGGCUCUGUGCUCGAGAGUCCAAGAACUGGCAAUGAGUUUCAGUUUUCUGGUGUUGGAGAUGCUACCAUAGAGUCAGAUUGGUCCCAUCAGAGGAACAGAAACGCAUCAAAAGAUCCGUUCUCUAAGGUAGUUCAGAACAGACAACAGCGUGAGAGCUCAUCAUCAUCAUCAAUAUCUGAUGCAUCUGGUACUAUUAGUCCUACCAACACAACAGAAGAUAAGAAGGCGAAGUUCUACAAACCCGUGUGCUCUAGGACUAAUCGCUCAAGACGAAAGACGCAGAAGAGACAAGAUCAUAGGCACGGUUUCGCACAAGUAGUUCAGAACAGACAGCAGCGUGAGAGCUCAUCAUCAUCAGCAAUAUCUGAUACAUCUGGUACUAUUAGUCCUCACAGGCACGGUUUCGCACAUGAUCCAUUCACUGAGCUCUCAUCAUCAUCAGCAAUAUCUGAUACAUCUGGUACUAUUAGGCCUCACAGGCACGGUUUCGCACAAGAUCCAUUCACUGAGCUAGUUGAGAGCAGACAGCAGCGGCAAUACGAGAGUGAAUCUGGUACUAGUCCAACCAACACAACAACUGAAGAUAUAGAUAUGUAUGAGGACGCGAAGUCAGAUUUGGACUCUGAGACUGAAACAGGCUUAAAGACGGGAGAGGCGCAAGCGUGUGUUGAGAUGGGGAUUGAGUUUCUUGUCUAUUGCAGUUGCAGGGUUUGCUUCUGUCAUGUGGGUACAUCUGUAAGAUGA